AAAUAGAGGGUGAUUAUGAUGAUUCACUUAAUUAUCGAAUAAAAUACAAAAUAGGAUUACAUUUCCUUUCUGGAUUUGGUUGCAAACAAGAUAUUGGUAAUAGUUAUAGGAAAAUUGUUGAAGCUAAUAAUCAUGGUCUUCCUAAUUCAAAGCUUUGGAUAUCUAAAUAUAAGUAUCAAAAUGAUUAUGGCGCAGAAGAAGCGAAAAGAUUGUUAUAUAGAAAUGAAUAUGAUAAUUUAAUGCAAAAUCUUAACAAACAAUAUAAAAAUGAAAAAAAUAAACACGAAUAUGUACAACUUGGAUUAGUUAGCCAAGUUAAUGAUCUUAAUUUACAGCUUAAAAAUUAUUAA